CCAUCUGGUAACACUGGUAAUAGGUAAACAAACAUAGCAACCAAGAUUUCCUUGGUGCUUUCAGAAACUCCACUUUUAAAGAAAAUUACGCUGAAUUUGAUAAAAGAUGGCUGACAAACAGUCCACUGAGGAAGCAACCAAAUCCGUCCAGACUUCAGCAGUGCCCAAGCCAGCGGAUAAGAAGUCGGCGUCAGGAAGUCUUCACUCGGACUCAGCCGAUGCUUUGGAAAAUCAGGAUAAGUCGGAAAAGCCCAGCGACCAGCCCACCGCCUAUAGCAUGCGACCGGCCUUUGGUGAGAUGUUUCCCCUGCCCACCAUCAAGAGCAUAAUGAACAACGUUAUGGCCGAGAAACUCAAAGACAAAACCUAUGACAAGGACGUCGCCAAGAAGUGGACCAGUGAGAUCGCCGACGAGGUGAACCAGCAGAUAGCCAGCAGCUCCAAGGUGAAGCGGUACAAGCACGUGGUCCAGGUGAUGCUAGGCCAGGAGCUGGGUGCGGGGGCCACCUACAAUUCGCGCUGCUGCUGGGAUUGCGACUGCGACACCUCCGUCUCCGAGGUCUUCAGCAACACCAGUCUCUUCUGCGUCUGUACCGUGUUUGGAACGUAUCAGUACUAGAACCGAUUUUCCACAGAACUGGUUAGACUAAGGAUUAUACUUUAACGGGGCACCGGGAACAAAGGGUUCAUCACUUUCGAUCGUCGACCUUCGUCGUGCUUCAUUGGAUGCGUACGUUCAGCGGAUUCAGUAUGCGGCCCG